AUGUUUUCAUCCAAGAUACCUUCACAACUGAUCGGAUCAGCGGUGCUUAAAAAUGGCAAAAACUUUCUUUUUCCGAUUUCGUCUGCUGCAAUAAAUAGAACUCAGGUGGCCACCUUGAAGGCCACGUACGGAGAAAAAUAUCCCUACGCCGAACCCUUCCCAUACAAACUCAAACCCUACACGACUUUUCAUGCAUAUUAUGAUAAGGCCCUGAAAAGAUUCAAUGAAAACAGCAAGAUCAUAGUAGUUGAAGGAAACAUUGCUGUUGGCAAAUCCAAUUUUGCCAAAAGAUUGGCUGCCGGUUUUGACAUGGAGUACUUUGGCCCCCUCUCUGAUCGUGCCGUUUUCACUAACAAUGAUUAUAAGAUGGAUGUCAGGACCCUGAAUGACAUGUUACCUGAAUCAGCCAAGUUCUAUGAUCUAGCUGACUUCUAUAAAGAUCCUCAUCCUGAGAAAGGAACUGUUGGAAAGUUGCUGAUCAACUGGUAUAGGGAGAAAUUUUUCUAUUACUGCGAGGCCCUUAAGCAUUUGCUAAACACUGGCCAGGGAGUUGUCAUGGCUACGUCUGUUUACUCUGACGCUGUCUACGUUAAUGCCCUUAGAAGUGUCGGCUGGUGCACUCCGGAGUUUGUAAAGUAUUACAGAACGCUGAUGAAUCAGAGUAUAUGUGAGCUGAUGAAACCACACCUUACCAUCUACCUAGAUGCUCCAGUCGAUGUCAUUAAAGAAAGAAUUCAGAAGAGAAAAAUUCCAUCAGAAGUUGGCGCCCGAAAUCUAACUGAAAAGUACCUGAAAGCCAUAGAGGACUCGUACAAAAAUCAAUUUCUCCCUGAGUUCAGGUACCGAUUGAUAAUAGAGGAAUUGCAGUGGUUGAAACUGGAAGGUGAGGAUAAAGAUGAUCCGAGAUUCGAAGACUGGAACAGAAGUGAUGAUGAUACUCUCAUGGAGAUGAGGCUGUUCUUGGAGAACGACAUAGACAAGUACCACCUCUUCACCAUGCCACAGCCAUGGGACUGCCCGGAGAUAAUGAUGAAACCGGAUGACCAGUUCGUCUACGAUAGGCUCGCUGAGGAACAUCCAGUCUUCAAGCAUCGACCAGGGUGGUCUCCAGAGUUGGGCCACAGUGUCCUGUUUAAAUUUUGA